GUAAAAACGUAACUUCUCAUUUCCACUUCCUAUUUCAGACUUACAUAAUAAAUCAAAAAAUGAUUUAUUGGCCUGAGUUUGCAUAAAAGUACCAUCAAGUAAAAUGUACCAUGGGCCCUGUUACAGAUCAAAACCUCUCUAAAACAUCAGAUCAUUUGAUUUAGAGUGAAGUUAAUGGUGGUAAAUGGUUCAAAGGAAGUGCGUCACGUGAAUGUUUGACCCAAAGGCAUGCUUGUGUUCAGCUUCCUCGAAUGAUAAACUUCACUCGAGAGGAAAAUAGGCCUUGAAGUUUCCGAUGGCCGAAUAUUCAAGUUGUCUGAUACGGCCUGAUCCAAUUUACAGAUUUCUUCAACUGGAAUUAUCUUGUUUUGGUCUUGGCGCGAAGCACGCCGGGAGCGAAGGGCUUAGGGAGAGGAGUGGCAGCAGGGGUAUAAAGCCUUGAGCACAGAUGCAGAAGCUUGCAAAGCUGGAUCUUUACCUAUUAUACAUUAGUUGCUCUUAGUGUUUCUACUUCAUACAACCAGCUGUAGAAAUGGUUCUUGAGGAUUCCGAAUCAGACGUGGUGUUCGAGAUCGAUGUUUUUGAGCAUGAUGUUGAAACCCCGUACGGCAGAAUCCACUGUACUAUGAAAGGAGUACCUAAAGGUGACAGACCUGUUAUUCUGACCCUCCAUGACAUUGGAUUGAACCACAAGACCUGCUUUGACACUCUGUUCCAACACGAGGACAUGCAGGAGAUCAUGCAGCACUUUGCAGUGUGCCAUGUGGACGCACCCGGCCAGCAUGAGGGUGCUAAUACUUUUUCCACCGGAUAUGAGUACCCUUCUAUGGACCAGCUUUCCGAGACUCUUCCUCUGGUCCUAAAACAUUUUGGUCUUAAGAGUGUGAUCGGGAUGGCGGUUGGAGCCGGAGCCUACAUUCUUGCGAAGUUUGCCCUGGACUACCCUAAAAUGGUCGAAGGUAUUGUUUUAAUCAACAUCAAUCCAUGCGCUGAGGGUUGGAUGGACUGGGCUGCACAAAAGAUCAGUGGCUGGACUCAUGCCAUGCCUGACAUGAUCAUCAGCCAUCUGUUUGGGAAGGAAGAAAUUCAACACAACCAUGACCUGAUUGGUACGUACCGCCACCACGUCCUGAAUGACAUGAAUCAGUACAACCUGCAACUCUUUGUCAAGGCAUACAACAGCCGAAGAGAUUUGGAGAUCGAGAGACCCGUUCCUGGAGGAAACAUUAAUGUCAGAACCCUCAAGUGCCCCUCCCUUCUCGUGGUUGGAGAUAGCUCUCCUGCAGUGGACGCUGUGGUUGAAUGCAACACCAAGCUGGACCCAACCAAGGCCACGCUGCUCAAGAUGGCUGACUGCGGAGGUUUGCCUCAGGUUGACCAGCCUGGAAAGCUGAUUGAAGCCUUCAAAUACUUUAUACAGGGAAUGGGCUACAUGCCCUCAGCCAGUAUGACUCGCCUGGUCCGCUCUCGCACAGCCUCAGGCUCAAGUGUGACCUCCUUCGAUGGCAACCGCAGCCGUUCUCACACCAACGAGGGCAGUCGCAGCCGCUCGCACACUAACGAAGGCCGGGGCCGCGCCCACACCGGCGACGCCCAGCGCGCCCGCUCGCACACCGACUCUGCGGAGAACAGCUCCGUGGACCAGUCCGUGCCCAAAUCCACUGAAGUGUCAUGCUAAAGCACCUCCAACGUUCCUCAAAACCCCCCCAUGCACUUCCUCUAACACAUUUCCUUUUCCUUAUCUGUGUGUUUGUGUAUUAUCACAAGAAUGCCCAGGAGUGCAGGCCACCAGCUUUGGGCGCAGAAUCCCAUAAUACAGCACAAGUAUUUAGUGUGUAUAAUUGGAAUGGCCGACUGGAAAAUGCUGUCUAGGUGAUGUCAUACAUUUGGAAGGGAAACUCCACCAAAUCUGUUUAGUCACCCCUCUUUUGGUGGGCUGAUUUAUUCUUUAUGCAGGAAAUACAGCACAAAAAUAUUGUAAGUAAGAGAAUCGGAAAGUUUUUUGGGGAGCGUACAAAUGUACUCUUCUUGCAUUAUAAAUUCACUAAAUUUCCAUUCUUAUUUACUUGAUUGUAGGGUCAUGGAUCUCACAAAAUGCCUGUACAUGGCGUUUUUUUUUUAAACAGUAAAAGUAUUUGCUUAUUAGUAUUAAUAUUGGAUUAUUUGUAUGUAUAUUUUGAAUGUGAUCGAUUAAAGGAUAUGGUGGUGGAUAUAUGGGAUGACAUUUUUUUCUAUGCUACCUACCUAAAAAAAAAUAAAUGAUAGUACACAGGCUA